AUUUUUUAUUAUCGUAGAGGAGUGUAGAAAUUGUAAGAAACGCACACGAGGCAAAUUCAUUUCAUCACUCGCCUUCGUGUCUCAAUGAAAAGCCAUAUGGCGUAUAAAUUUUGAUUGAUUGGCUUAGUUUCAUUUUGUUUAUUUUUGCUUUAGUGUGGCGAACCAAACGAAACCCCGUGCUUAAACCGUAGGCUAGCUUUUCUUAAAAACCGCUUUUUAUCAUCGCCGGUUGCCGCCGUCACUGCCGAUCGGAGCUAGAUUUCGUUAGCUUUUUUUAAGUAACACUCGAUGGAGGAGUGGCCUUUCCACGACGGUAACAUACACAAUCUACUCGACGGGAGGCACAUCGACAUUCGCCAAAACUGCCGCGAUGUUGAUCAUAGUUUGCAGAUGCAUUCUUCUGUGAUUCGGAGGUUUGCACUGGAAGAAGAAUUGGAGGGACAUCAAAGUUGUGUAAAUGCUAUAGCUUGGAACUCAAGUGGUACACUUUUGAUUUCUGGUUCUGAUGAUGCACGGAUUAAUAUUUGGGGCUACUCUGGUCGGAAACUUUUGCAUUCUAUAGAAACAGGACAUUCUGUUAACAUAUUCUGUACAAAAUUCAUUCCUGAAACUUCUGAUGAACUUGUGGUCUCUGGUGCUGGUGAUGCUGAGGUUCGAUUAUUCAAUUUAUCUCGCUUGAAUGGGAGAGGUCUCCAUGAUGGUGCUGCUACUCCAUCUGCACUCUAUCAGUGUCACACAAGAAGGGUUAAAAAACUAGCGGUUGAAGUUGGAAACCCCAAUGUGGUCUGGAGUGCAAGUGAAGAUGGAACUCUCAGACAGCAUGAUUUUCGGGAGGGCACUUCUUGUCCUCCAGCAAGAUCUUCUCAGCAAGAGUGUCGCAAUGUUCUUCUUGACUUGCGUUGUGGGGCAAAGAGGUCACUAGCUGAUCCUCCUAAACAUACUCUGGCCUUAAAAUCUUGUGAUAUCAGUUCUACUAGACCUCACUUGCUCCUUGUUGGUGGGAAUGAUGCCUUUGCUCGUCUAUAUGAUAGAAGGAUGCUGCCACCGCUGACCUCCUGCCGCAAAAGGAUGUCGCCACCUACUUGUGUUAAUUAUUUCUGCCCAAUGCAUCUGUCUGACCGUGGACGUUCUAGUUUGCACUUAACUCAUGUUACAUUUAGCCCUAAUGGAGAAGAGGUUUUACUCAGCUAUAGUGGGGAGCAUGUCUAUCUAAUGGACAUAAACCAUGCUAGUGGGAGUGUAAUGCAAUAUUCCUCGGGGGACGUUUCAGAAUUGAUGACCUUCACUCCUGUACCAAAUAGACGAGAGCAUCAACCAUCUGUUUCUAGUUUCUUUCAAAAUGGUCUCCAGAAAAGAAGUAACACUGCUGCAAGAGUUGAAAAAUGCAGGAUGUUGGUUGAAAUUGCUAAAAGAUCCUUAGAGGAGAGGACAAAUAUUUUCCAUGCAAUUGAGGCAUGCAAUGAAGUCUUGGAUGGAAAUAAUGGUGAUAUUGGCCCCUCGCUAAGGCAUGAAUGUCUUUGUACUCGUGCUGCCUUGUUGCUGCAGCGGAAGUGGAAAAAUGAUGCCCAUAUGGCCGUUAGGGAUUGCCGUGAUGCUCGAAGAAUAGACAAUUCUUCCUUUAGAGCUCAUUAUUGUAUGGCUGAGGCUUUAGAGCAGUUGGGAAAACACAAAGAAGCUUUAAACUUUGCUGUUGCAGCACAAUGUUUAUCUCCAUUUGAUACUAUGGUGGCUGAGAAAGUGGAGAACCUAAAUAAACAACUUGCAGUAGCUGAAGCUGAAAAAAAUAAUAAGGCUAGUGAGGGGUCACCUAAGUCUGAACCUCGAGCUGGAAGGGUAUUGUCUUUAAGUGACAUACUCUAUCGCACAGAAGGUAAUAGUGAUGCUUCACAAGAUGGGCCAAGAUCCGAUAGGGAAGAUUCUGAUUAUGAUGAGGAGCUGGAAUUAGAUUUUGAAACUUCAAUAUCUGGUGAUGAAGGCCAUGAUGUUGAAUCCAAUAUGCUACAUGGAAGUUUAAAUCUUAGAAUUCAUCGAAGAGGUGAUGCAAUAAGGGAAACUGGUCCAAACGGUUCAUGUGGGUCUCCAUCCUUACCAUCACAAAAUAAGAAAUCAGCUUAUCAGCCCGAGGCAGUUAUUGAUAUGAAGCAGAGAUACAUUGGCCAUUGCAACGUUGGAACGGACAUCAAACAGGCGAGUUUCCUUGGUCAGAGAGGUGAAUAUGUUGCUAGUGGGAGUGAUGAUGGGAGAUGGUUUAUUUGGGAAAAGCGGACUGGUAGAUUGAUAAAAAUGCUUCUUGGAGAUGGCGCUGUUGUAAAUUGUGUACAGUGCCAUCCAUUUGAUUGCUUUGUUGCGACCAGUGGGAUUGAUAGCACAAUAAAGCUUUGGUGUCCAACUGCUGCUGUUCCAUCAAUGGUUGCUGGAGGAUCAACAGGGCCAGAAACUUCUAAUGUGUUGGAAGCCAUGGAAAGUAAUCAACGCAAAUUAUGUCGUAAUCGUGAAGCUAUCCUGCCCUUUGAACUUUUGGAGCGGUUACGGAUGCAUGAAUUUUCUGAAGGAUCCUUGCAUCCAUUUGAGUGUGCCCAGAGCUAGUUUGCUUCACAGCUUUAUAAAAGGCAUGCAGAUUUUUGUUACGAUGGUGUCACUAAGCAAAACGGGAAGGAAAGGAGUGGCCUUGGGCACAGAAAAUAUCCAGCAGGAGGAGGAGGAGGAGGAGGAGGAGGAGGUUAGUUGACCUUUGUAAAGCGUUUUAGUAUUGUCAGAAUAAAGCUUAAAUAUCAAAUAAGGUAUUCGAUUAAUUGUUAAAGCAUGUCAAUCAGUUUUCAUGUAGAUAUCCUUUAGUUUUCCAAAUAUAUUUGGCCUGUCUAUGUACGUUGUUUGAAAUGUUUUUGCAUAUAGUUGAGGAAUGAGGAUGCUUGUCGUUUUGGUAUAUAUGUUAAUUUUAUGUCUCUAUAUAAUAA